ACGUUUGAUCUGAAUCCACGGUUUGGCAAAAUCCAUGACUUCAAUUUGUUUGACGCGACUUUUUUUGGACUCCCGGAGCAGUUGUCGGAAGCGGUUGACGCACAGGCGCGGAUGCUUCUCGAGAUUACCUACGAGGCCAUUAUGGAUGCCGGAAGCAGUGUAAGUCCGCAAUCACUACGUGGUAGUAAGACUGGUGUAUACGUUGGUGUAUCCAUAUAUCCCAUGGCUGAAGGUUAUCCCGACGAAAUUCAGCCCGAUAUGAAGCAAAGUUUGCAGAGAGCGACCAUGCAGACCUUCUCCAAUUUGAAAUCCCUUUACGCCAGUCGUAUAUCAUUUGUGUUUGAUUUCAAGGGCCCGUCACUGCUGGUGGACACCGCCUGUUCGGCCAGUCUAUCGGCCACUACUCUGGCUAUGAAUGACAUGAAACUCGGCCGUGUGCUGUGCUUNAUCGUUUGCGGCACUCAUAUGCUGUUCGAGCCAUUCGUACUGCAGUUCCAACAGGAGUCGGGUCUGUGUUCGCCCAGAGGUGUGGCCGCAGUCCUCGACCAGAACGCCGACGGCUUCAUCAAAGGCGAGGCCGUGUGCUGUGCUUUCCUACAGCGCCGGUGCAAUGCUCGACGUGUUUAUGCGACCAUGGUCAACGCUAAAAUGAACAUCGAUGGCAAUAAAACGAGCGGUAUGUUCUUCCCAUCGGCCGACGCACAGGAAGAGCUCAUGAUUGACACUUACAACGAGGUCAAUGUCAACCCGCUUGACCUCACCUAUUUCGAAGCUCACUGUACCGGCACCAAGGCGGGCGAUCCGCAAGAAAUAAAGGCCAUAUAUAAUGCCUACGUUAAGGCUCCGGGACGUACUGAACCCCUGCCGUUGGGUGCGUUGAAGAGUAACAUCGGUCACGCGGAGGCCGGUUCAGGGAUGGCGGCACUCAUUAAAGUGUGUAUUGUAUACGAGAAUGAGUGCAUUCCUCCCAACCUUAAUAUGAAACAACUGAAGGAUGAAUGUCUUCCUUAUUGUCCGCCUAUAAAGCCUAUUGUGGAGUCGAUGCCAUACAAUCCAGGGUUGGCCGCAGUGAGCAAUUUUGGUAUCGGCGGUGCGAACGCACACGUAUUGCUCGAACCAAACCAUAAGUUGGGAACCAGUGAUGGACUGAGAAUUGCGGAAACGAUUCCCAGAAUUGUUAACAUUUGCGGCCGAACUGAAGAUGCGGUCAAAUAUAGAGUGACGAAUGACUUUUUGGCACUUUUGGCGCAAACUAUGAAAUACACGCCUAAUGUUAACUCAUCGGGAAUGCCGUUCAGGGGUUCACUUAUGAUAACAAAGAUGUCGGAAAGCAGUAAUAAUAUUAAUUACGAAUAUAAGAGACAGCAAAUAGGCUUUCAGAAAGGAAAAAGUGCUCGACCUCUAUGGGUACUGUUCCCGGGUUUGGGCGGUCAGUGGCCGGCAAUGGCUAAGGCUUUGAUGAAAAUCAAGAUAUUCGCCGAUAAAGUGGAAGAAUGCCAUCAAAUACUCAAAGAGUUUGGCAUUGAUUUGAAAACAAUGUUAUUAUCCGAAGACAAGGCAUCCAUGGCUUCAAUGACCGCAAAGUUUUGUUCGACGACUGCUAUAGAGAUAGCGUUGUUUGAAGUGAUGAAAGCGCUGGGCAUCACACCCGACGGCAUAAUUGGCCACUCGUUUGGAGAGAUAGCCUGUGCUUACGCUGACGGGUGUCUCAACACAAGGGAAGCAAUGGUCGUCACAUCAAUCCGAGGCAUAGUCACUGAAAAUAACAAAACUAUACCCAAAGGACUGAUGGCUGUCGUGGGGUUACCCAAGUCUGAGGCUCAAAAGUUGUGCCCAAACGGUGUUUAUAUUGCAUGUAAUAACGCUAAGGAUAGUGUUGUUAUUUCCGGCCUGGAAAAGGAGAUGAAGGAAACGAUUAAAGUAAUGGCCGACAAAAAUAUAUUUGUCCGCCAAUUAGAGAGCAUAAUGGCCGACAAAAAUAUAUUUGUCCGCCAAUUAGAGAGCAGUAAUAUUGCCUAUCAUUCAAAAUACAUCCAAACCGCUGCCCAACCGUUGAUCGACGCCAUCAAUAAACAUAUACCGCAUCCAAAGCCGCGCUCCAAGAAAUGGUUGUCCACUUCACUCAUGAGCGCCGACCCGACAGAGGAAGCCCUGCGGUACGCGUCGGGCGAGUAUUUUGCCCACAAUUUGGUUAACCCCGUCAUGUUUUACGAUCGCAUUAAACAACUGCCGGCCGACGCCAUUGUGCUAGAGUUAGGACCGCAUUCACUGUUUGGCAAAAUAGUGAGCGAAACACUCAAUGACUGCUCUUAUGUAUCGCUCAUUAAAAAAGAUUCAAACGACAAGAAUAUAGACUUAUUUUUGUCCGGUUUGGCCACUCUAUACGAGUUGGGCGUCAAUCUGUCGCCGGAUAAACUGUACCCGCGGUGUGAGUGGCCGGUGGCCCGCAAUACACAGUCGAUUAACUCGUUGAUCAAAUGGGAUCACAGUUUAGACAUUCCGCGCCGCGUAUAUCCGGAGCGCUAUAAUCGGGGAAACGCCGCUGACAUGAAUGUUACCAUCAAUUGUGGCACAAAAGAGGACGAGUUUUAUUUGGACCACUCCGUAGACGGCAACCCUAUAUUCCCGGCCACCGGAUUUUUAAUGCUGGCCUGGCGUAAAUUGGCGGCCGAUAUGGGCAAACUAUGGCAGAGCGUACCCGUUAUAUUUGAGAAUGUUCAAUUGAAAAGGGCCGUAUUUUUGACCCAGGACCAAAACACUAUUCUUACAGUGAAAUAUUUUCCACUAACAGGUGAUUUUUCAAUAUACGAGAACGAAAACGCAUGCGUGUCGGGCAAAAUUCGUGCGCCGGGCGAUGACGUGCUAAUCGCACAGCACCUGCUCUACGACAAUGAGUCCAAACUAUCUCAGCGCCAGUACUCGCUUAAUAGGGCCGACAUUUACAAAGAGUUGCGAAUUAAUGGUUUAGACUACGGGCCGGCGUUUCAACGGCUCAACAAAGUGGGCACAAAUGACUUCAACGAGUUUUACGGUGAGUGCGAAUGGGACGGACAGGUUGUCACUUAUUUGGACGCGUUGUGCCAAACGCGGGCAAUAGCGGUGCCGGUCCGCAAAAUGCUGUUACCGGUGCUGAUCCGCAAAUUACGGCUCGACCCGCGCCUUAUGUUUGACGCUUUCAAACGGCACAGGAGUCAGAAGGAGGUGACGACCGGUGAGGGCGCCGACAGCCUUAAUUCGACCAUAAUGAUCGAUAUGGACGGCAACACUGUUGACACACACGUGGUCUCCGACAACAGCGGCGAACAAAACACAAUUCAAGAGGUCGUGGAGAGAGAAAAAGUGCGAUUCAACGAACGCUUCGCCCAAUACUCGUCGCGAAUACCGUUUUAUUGCAAUUUGGAUACAAAACAAUUGGUUUCGCCCGGCGUUGAACUCGAAGAGGGCGUCGCGUUUCCCGUUCCCCGACGUACGGACACAACUGGUCUGGUCUUGGAUUCGGCCGAGUUUUGCGCCAACGAUGACAAUCACGCCAUCGAUGACUGCUUAUCGGUCGUUGUGUUUAAGUAUUUAGAGGUUUGUAAGUCAAUGGCAGCCAAAGUAAAGCAAUUAUGUGUUAAAGAAAUGAAAUGCGAUUUUAAUUACCAACAAAUCACUGAAGAAGUGCUGCAAGAAUUGCGGAGCGAAAGCACUGAAAAUUAUGUUAUGUUUCGUACAUUUGAUAAAUUAUUGGCAAAAGUUGUCGACAAAAAUCAUAAUAAAUUGAACGAUAGAGAAGUAGCAAAAAUUUUGAAUGAAAUGCAAACAAAUAGUGAAUACGAUUUGAGUAAAGAUUUGGUGAAUCAGAUCCAGAAGAAUGAACGUAUGAUCAGAUCAUUGGUGGAAAUUGUUUGCGAAAAUUAUGUAACAAAUAAUGAUUUAAAAAUCACUGAAAUUAAUAUGAGUAACAAUUUUAUGGUCAAAGAUGUGGAACAGAUUGUCACACAUUUUCGUAUACUUCCCUUUGAAGUCGAUUACAAACUAAUUGUUAAAAGUAAACAAUCGGUGAAUGAAAUAUAUAAACAAAGAGCUACUGAAUGGCAACUUAAAGAUGACAUACCAUUAAAACCCUCGCAUUUGGUUAUAAUGAGAGACUCACAAGACUUAUGGCAAAUGGAUUUAAAUAAAUUCACACAAGAAUUGUUUGACUCCAUAAACAGCAAUGGAUUCCUAUUAUCGGUAUUUCGGUAUAAGUUUACGGAACCGGAGAUUGCGUUCAUGUCUUUGACGGGAAACACAAUUCCCAGUAAUAAUGAAUUGGAUUUAAGAAUCAAAAAGUUUGUAUCGAUUGCCACUAAAACUGGAUUCAAUUUAAUCGCAGCAAAAAGCGAUAUAAUCGGUACUCAAUGCCUAAUGUUUAGGAAAAUCAUUCACAAACCCAUAGAACCUGAAAAACACAAUGUUAUCAAAAUAACUGGUGAUUAUAAGCAAUGGUUUGAAGUGUUGCAGAAAAAACUGAUCGCUGCUAAAGAGGCGGACAAUAAAACCGAUAACGUAUGGCUUGUGGCGAAUGACUCGUAUAUUAAUGGUAUCAUUGGUUUAAUGAAUUGUUUGCGUUUAGAACCGGGCGGAGAGAACUUCCGGUAUAUCUUCCAUAUGGACACCAAUACUGGCGCUAACAUUGACUUCAAUACUAAACCCUAUUCUGAUAUAUUGGCCAACGAUUUGGUCGCAAAUGUUAUCAAAGGGGGAAAACUGGGAACUUAUAGACACUUAAAACUUCCCAAUGAUUUUGAUAAAUGUGUUUCAAAUGAUUAUUAUCUAAACUCCGGCACAACAAGAGAUUUAGCGGGUAUUCAAUGGUAUGAUUCCCGGAAAUUACCCGAAAUUAAAAAGUAUUGGAAUUUGAAUAGCGAAGAAAUUUCCAAAACACGGGUUGAGAUAUACUGUUCGGGCAUUUCAUUUCACGACGUUAUGGUCGCUUCAGGUCGUAUACCCGCCGGUCCGGAACAGAUAUUUUCCGAUUGUACCAUGGGCAUUGAAUACGUGGGCCGUCGCGUGGAUACCGGGGAACGUGUGAUGGGUAUAGAUGUGGGCCGUACUGUUGCCACAUCAUUGAACGCUGGCACUCAUAGCAUGACUACAGUUCCCGAGCACUGGUCGAUGGCAGACGCGGCCACUAUAUUGAGCACAUAUAGCACUCUGUUUUACGCGCUCAUCAAAAGGGCUAAUCUUAAAAAAGGUGAAAGUAUAUUAAUACACUCCGCGGCGGGAGGUGUGGGUCAGGCGGCCAUCAAUAUGUGUAAGCAUUACGACUGCGAUAUCUUUGUAACGGUUGGGACGGAAGAGAAGAAACAGUUUUUGAUGAAUGAAUACAAUAUACCGGAGGAAAGGAUCUUCAACUCAAGAGAUAUAGUAUUCAAGAGUCAAGUGUUGAAACUGACGGCUGGAAAGGGUGUGGAUAUUGUGUUGAAUUCAUUGGCGGGCGAGAAGUUGGACGCGUCCUACGAGUGUGUGGCCAAUAGCGGCCGCUUUGUGGAGAUCGGUCGGUACGACAUGUUUCAAAACAAACAAUUGGGCAUGUUUGAUUUUGUGCGCAAUAUUCAAUUCAUCGGUAUUGUUAUCGACAUCGUUAUGGAUGGACUGGAUUUUUGCCCCGAUUUCUACGAUUGGGUUCACAAAAACUCUACGAAUGGUUGCGUUAAACCAUUGAAUUAUACAUUGUUUGAGGCCAAGGAUGCGGACAAAGCGUUCCGUUAUAUGACAACCGGUAAACAUAUGGGAAAAAUUGUCAUUAAAAUGAGAGACGAAGAGAUGGAUAGGCGGCCAUUGAAAGCGAUAAAACCGGCCGUAAAUAUGAAUGUAAUGAUUAAGACAUUUUUCGAUCCAAACAAAGUCUAUAUAAUAACCGGAGGUUUGGGUGGUUUUGGUCUGGAAUUGAUUCCAUGGAUGCAAUACUUCGGCGCCCGAAAGUUUGUGGUCACCUCCCGGUCAGGCCUUAAGACUGAUUAUCAGAAAUACGUUUUCAAUCGAUUCACAAAAACUCUACGAAUGGCCAAGGAUGCGGACAAAGCGUUCCGUUAUAUGACAACCGGUAAACAUAUGGGAAAAAUUGUCAUUAAAAUAAGAGACGAAGAGAUGGAUAGGCGGCCAUUGAAAGCGAUAAAACCCGCCGUAAAUAUGAAUGUAAUGAUUAAGACAUUCUUCGAUCCAAACAAAGUCUAUAUAAUAACCGGAGGUUUGGGUGGUUUUGGUCUGGAAUUGAUUCCAUGGAUGCAAUACUUCGGCGCCCGAAAGUUUGUGGUCACCUCCCGGAUAACCGGAGGUUUGGGUGGUUUUGGUCUGGAAUUGAUUCCAUGGAUGCAAUACUUCGGCGCCCGAAAGUUUGUGGUCACCUCUCGAUCCGGCCUUAAGACUGAUUAUCAGAAAUACGUUUUCAAUCGUUUCAAAACUUUUUACCAAAAAUUUAAACUAUUUGAAUGUCAAUGGAUUGUCUCGACUGUCAAUGGGUUCACAAUUGAAGGUACAAAACAACUGCUAAAUGAAGCAAAAACGUUGGGACCCAUUGGAGGGGUAUUUCAUUUGGCGAUAGAAUUGAAUGACUGUUUGAUAGAAAAGUUAACGUUUGAAAAGUUUUGCUCAUCUAUUGAUACAAAACACAAGAUCUUCGCAAAUCUGGAUCAACUGACCCGACAAUUGGAUUAUACAUUGGAUUACUUCGUAAUGUUUUCGUCCAUAACUUGUGGUAAAGGAAACGGCGGUCAAUCCAACUAUGCUUUUGGAAACUCCAUGUGUGAGCGUAUAUGUGAAGAGAGACGUAGGGAUGGUCUGCACGGACUCGCCAUACAAUACGGACCCAUCGGUGAUGUGGGAGUGUUUGAAGGGUCGGAUCAGUUCAUGGCAUUCACAACAAUACGAAAGCAGAGAAUAAACUCGUGUUGCGAUGUUUUGGACAAACUUUUAUCAAUCAAACAACCGGUCGUCACAUCUCAUAUUAAAGUGGAUAUGAGUGCCAAAGAGUCGGGCAGUAAAAAGUCACGUCUGAUCGCAGAGUUGUGGCGCGCGUUGGGUAUCGACCCGGAGGUGACGCCCAACCACUUGACUCUCGGCGAGAUAGGGCUCGAGUCGAUGUUCGCCGUAGAGUUGCAGCAGGAGUUGGAGAGGGAGUGGAAUUUAAAAAUAACCUUAAAUCACGUCAAGAGUAUAACCAUCGGUAUGUUGAAGGAAUACGAGGUGGGCAAUACUUCCACUGUAAAAAAGCACCUGGACGAAGUGAAACAAGCCAGGGCCAAUUUGUUGAAACAAAAAUUUGUAAUUCCCACCGAAACCCACACCCGUCUAAACGCCGUGACCAGCGGUCGACCCGUAUAUUUAAUGCCAACUAUUUUAUUGAAUUUCACCAUGUUUGAGCAGUUGGCACAAUCACUUAAUCGACCUGUAGUGGGGCUCAAUUGGAUGCGAGAAAUGUCCAAAAUGACCACGAUCAAAGAUGUAAAUCAGUACUUUAUCAAACUGUUAAAACAACUCGAACCAAACGGUGGGUACGAUGUGGUCGGCUAUUUAGACGGUGCCAUCACUUGCAGCAAAUUGUUGCUCAAAGAAAUGGCAGACAAAGCGGUGAUUAUUGAUGUUUUCUCCGACGAGAGAUUCAAUUCGGAUCAGCUCUCCGAAGAAGAUUUGUUGGUUUUUACGAUGAAUAUAUUGUUCAUCGAAAUGCCGGACAGUCUUAGGGAUAAGAUUGUACGCGAUUUAAAGAAAGAGACCGACACUAAGGCCCGCAUACGACUCGUCACUACAGAGUUGGUUGACUUCGCGGGUAAAGGUCUGGUGGCGCCCGAUAUCGACGAGAUAUUUGCCAUUUUGUUGGCCAGACUUCGGAUGCUUUUGUCUUAUAGGGCGGAGAAGAGGAAGAAGUGGUCGAAUCGGCUCAAAAUGACAAUCGGGAAAAAGUGGUCCAAACGUGUGGGUAAAUUGAUCAUGGUCAAACCAUUUCUAUUGGACAAUGUGGACGAUGUCGACGAAUUGAUUGGCAAAUCACGCGACGCAUACUUAUUACCCGCCACACAGGACGGCAACGAUAAUAUCGAGGUGUCGAUAAUCAAUAGUAUUCCUAAUUUGGAUCAAAUGAACGCCGAAAUGAAUGAAAAAUACUUGAUGCUCGAUGUUUGGGAAAUUACUACCAAAGACAUUAACAUUUAUGUGACCGUUAGUUCCGGGGGUGAUAAAUCUAGUUAUUUGUGUUGGGCUGACGAGGACGUUGGGACUAUGGACCCGGAGUGGCCGCAACAUCCACACCAAUACGGAGACCUUUCCAUAGCUAAAAUCCCGGUGUCUCAGUUCAUGGGCCCCAAAAACCCUCCCAAACCCUUCAAUACAGGCGCAAAGGCUGUCGACAAUUGCGAUGCCAUUCCCUCUCAGGAUGUGUUCAUUUAUAUGAAACAAAAACAGAUUUUGUCCGCAAAGGAUAUCAAUGAGAAACAACGAUAUUUGUCUAAAUUGAGUGAUGUGUUGAAAGGCAGACAAUAUGUGGACAAUGGUUGCCCU